AUGAUGUUUCAUUACUCUAUUUUUAUACAGAUUAUAACUCCAAUACCAACAAAUCUCACAAUUGUGACAGAAUUUAUCCUCAUGGGAUGUUCUACCAACAAAAAUAUAUGCAUUUUUCAUUUAGUGCUCUUCUUUUUUAUUUACUUCUGUGCUCUGAUUGGCAAUGUUCUCAUCAUCAUGACCACAAUUUUGGAUCAGAAUCUCCUCACCCCCAUGUACUUUUUUUUGAAAAAAUUAUCUUUUGGGGAUCUCUGACUCAUUUCAGUCACCAUUCCCAAACCUAUUGCCAAUUCAUUGUCUCAUAGUAACUCCAUUUCAUUCACUGGCUGUGUUGCCCAGGUCUUUAUGUUGUUUUUUUCAGUGACUACAGAACUACACCUCCUUACGGUAAUGUGCUUUGAUCGUUAUGCUGCCAUAUGCCAUCCCCUGUACUAUGAAAUCAUCAUGAACAAAGACAUGUGUGUUCAGUUGACAGCUGUAUCAUGGCUGGGUGGGGAUCUGAUUGCUCUGAUGCACACAGUUGGUACCUUCUCCUUAUCCUAUUAUGGGUCUAACAUAAUCCAUCAGUUCUUUUGUGACAUCCCCCAGUUACUGGCUAUUUCUUGCUCAGAAAAUUUAAUGAGAGAAAUUGUACCUAUUCUCAUUAGUGUGGUGUUGAAUAUCUGCUGUUUUAUUUACAUCAUAAUUUCCUGUGUGAACAUCUUUUCCACUGUGAAAAAGAUUCCAUCAACAGGAGGUCAGUCAAAAGCAUACUGUACUUGCCUUCGACAUCUGAUUGUAGUUGUAUUAUUUCUCUUCCCUGGCAUCUUUGCUUAUCUGAAACCAACUUCAAGUAUUCCUUCCAUUAGUGACCUUUUAAUUUCUAUAUUCUACACAAUGAUGCCUCCAACCUUCAAUCCCAUUAUAUACAGUCUAAGAAAUAAUACCAUAAAAAUGUCACUGCAGAGGGUCCUGUCCCUCGUGGCCUCCAUAUCGGGAUCUCUGAGUCCCAUGGCCACGCAUCUCCCUAUCACGCCGGCGCUAAUGCUUCCUUUCGGCGAUUCGGACAACCCUUGGAGCAAGAUAAACCUGCAUGCCCACAAUGAGGUCAGCCCCAUCAUUGGGCGCCCCAUCUUCCUGAAAGACGGAGGAGAGUACUGCCCAAACCGGGACCGGUUUGGGCAGAACGCUCAUGAUAAUGGUCUGGAAAACUCCCGGCGAACUCGCUUCAGGCGCUGCACAUCUGCCAGGCCGUCCCCCUUUGCCUGGCACGGCAUUGGCAGCAAUCGCGAACGAACCCUGCCAGGAAGCCCUCUGCAAGGCAGGCUGCGGCGAGGCCGACGCCUCCUGUUGAUUCUCGGCUUGCGGAGGUCCCCUCCCUGGCGCUGUCCCAUGGGGGCGGCCCGACAGGAAGCCCGGGCUCAAAAUUUCGCCUGCUUCCCAGCCCUCCGCUUCCAGGGUCUUAUCCCUCGGUGCCUCCAUCUUGGGAAGACUGAGUCCCGUGGCUUCACCUCCCCCUCCCACACCGACGCCAACUGUGCCUUUCAAAGCUUCCUGCAAGCAUUGGAGCUGGAGAAAUCUACAUGCCAUAUCUGA